UAGGCAGGCGCACGGCGUCGCCACCAUGUCUUUCACCGGCACGCAGGACAAGUGCACGGCGUGCGACAAGACCGUCCAUUUCAUCGACCUCUUGACGGCCGACGGCGUCCCCUACCACAAGACAUGCUUCAAGUGCAGCCACUGCAAAGGGCGCCUGCAGAUGUGCAACUAUUCUUCCAUGGACGGUGUCCUGUACUGCAAGACCCACUUCGAGCAGCUCUUCAAGGAGACCGGGAGCUUCUCCAAGAAGUUCACGCCAGGUGGCAAAUCUUCGGAGAAGGGCGAGCUGGCAAGGGCUCCAAGCAAGUUAUCUUCUGCAUUCUCUGGUACUCAGGAUAAGUGUGCAGCCUGCCAGAAAACAGUGUACCCGCUGGAGAAGUUAACGUUGGAAGGCGAGUCGUACCACAAGAGCUGCUUCAAAUGUUCCCACGGUGGCUGCAUCCUGACCACGUCCUCCUACGCCGCGCUCAACGGGGUCUUGUACUGCAAGAUCCAUUUCUCGCAGCUGUUCAUGGAGAAGGGGAGCUACAACCACAUGAAGAAGAAGAGCGAGUCCCAGGAGGCGCUGCCGGACGUGGUGGCCGACGAGCAACCGCCGCCACCGCAAGAUGAGAAAGUAGGGGACAAUUAGG